GUAGAUUUCGCCCGCGCUGCACGGCUCGGUUGCUUCUCUGGUGCGGCGAACCCUGAAGACCGGGAGCUGGGUGGGUCUGGGCAGGCGGCUUCCCGGCUAGGAAGACCGCCGGACGUGGAUAGCAGCUUCGGGAGACGCGGUGCAGUCAGCCAGAGCCACCAUGGGGACCACAGCCCCGGGCCCCAUUCACCUGCUGGAGCUCUGUGACCAGAAGCUCAUGGACUUCGUGUGCAACAUGGACAAUAAGGACCUGGUGUGGCUCAGGGAGAUCGAGGAGGAGGCUGAACGCAUGUUUACCAGAGAGUUCAGCAAAGAGCCGGAGCUGAUGCCCAAAACACCUUCUCAGAAGAACAGACGGAAGAAGAGACGGAUUUCUUAUGUUCAGGAUGAAAAUAGAGACCCCAUUAGGAAAAGGUUGUCGCGCAGAAGGACACGGAGCAGCCUGCGGAGCUCCCGGCACCUGCGCAGCAAGGACAAGGUGGAGAAGCUGGCCACGGUGGUCGGGGAGAACUGCUCGCCCGUGCUGCGGCGGGUCACCCGCGCCGCCGCAGCCGCAGCUGCCGCCUCCACGGCGCCGUCUGCGGCCCCCUCGCCGCUCGCCGAGUCUCCCACAGAGCCCACCAGGAAGCCUGCCGUGCCCCUGGUGGAGAUCAGCGCCAGCGAGCGCCGCAGCGCGGAGCAGCACCUGCAGCAGGUCCUGGCCGUCCGGGCGCGGUCUGGGUCUCCGGCCAGGACACCGGCCUCCCAGGCCAUCCCGACAUCCGAUGAGGAAGCCACACCCAAGAAGGCUGAGGCCGGGAGACUGGAGUUGGUCACAGUGAGCUCCCUGGUGGCCACCCCCCAGGACCCCAGGAGCCGAGGGGCUGGGGCAGGGCGGUCGGCCUCCAAGCUGAGGAUCGCGCGGGCCUCCCCGGGCUCUCCAGACUCUCGGGAUUCUCCGUGGCGGGAGCGGGUGCUGGCUCCCAUCCUGCCUGGUAAUUGCUCCACGCCCACGGGCCAGCGUGCAGAGACUCGGCCGGUGCGGCGCAGCCUCAUCGCCUCCACCUCCCCGCGUGCCCGCGUUUCCCUGGCCCAGAAGUACUCCCUGGUGGCCAAACAGGAAAGCAACCUCCGCAGGUCAAGCAGGAUUACCAAGAAAGCUGCCCAGGAACCAGCUGCCUCUGCCCGCAUCAUCUGCCAUAGUUACCUGGAGAGGCUCCUGAAUGUCGAGGUACCCCAGAAAGUCAGCCCCACACAGGAGCCCAGCAAGGAGGCCGAGCCCCUGGAGGCAGCUGAGCCGGAGGUCCCCAGCAAUGAAGGGAAUACCUCGUGGCCACACAGUGCCACCAAGACCACCAUUAGUACACCAGGCUCGAAGCCUGCAGCUGGUGGCCAGGACACGCCCUCUGAAGGGCAGCAAGAGGCCACGGCUGACCAAGCAGAUGAACCCAGAGAGCCACCUCAGAGCGUCAGGAGGAAACGCAGCUACAAGCAGGCCAUGUGUGAGCUGGAUGAGGAGCAGCACCUGGAGGACGAGGAGCUGCAGCCCCCCAGGAGCAAGACCCCUUCCCCGCCCUGCCCCGCCAGCAAGGUGGUGCGGCCUCUCCGGACCUUCCUGCACACAGUGCAGAGGAACCAGAUGCUCAUGACCCCGACCUCGGCCUCGCGCAGCAGCGUCAUGAAGUCCUUCAUCAAGCGCAACACUCCCCUGCGCGUGGACCCCAAGAGCAGCUUUGUCGAGAAGGAGCGGCAGCGCCUGGAGAACCUGCGGCGGAAGGAGGAGGCCGAGCAGCUGCGCAGGCAGAAGGUGGAGGAGGACAAGCGGCGGCGGCUGGAGGAGGUGAAGCUGAAGCGAGAGGAGCGCCUCCGCAAGGUGCUGCAGGCCCGCGAGCGGGUGGAGCAGAUGAAGGAGGAGAAGAAGAAGCAGAUUGAGCAGAAGUUUGCUCAGAUCGAUGAGAAGACCGAGAAGGCCAAGGAGGAGCGGCUGGCCGAGGAGAAAGCCAAAAGGAAGGCAGCAGCCAAGAAGAUGGAGGAGGUGGAGGCGCGCAGGAAACAGGAGGAGGAGGCCCGCAGGCUCCGGUGGCUGCAACAGGAGGAGGAGGAGCGGAGGCACCAGGAGCUGCUGCAGAAGAAAAGGAAGGAGGAGGAGGAGCAGGAGCGGCUGCGCAAGGCGGCCGAGGCCAGGCGGCUGGCGGAGCAGCGCGAGCAGGAGCGCCGGAGGGAGCAGGAGCGGCUGCAGGCCGAGAGGGAGCUGCAGGAGAGGGAGAAGGCCCUGCAGCUGCAGAAGGAGCGGCUGCAGAGGGAACUGGAGGAGAAGAAGAAGAAGGAAGAGCAGCAGCGUCUGGCAGAGCGGAGGCUGCAGGAGGAGCAGGAGAAGAAAGCCAGGGAAGCCGCGGGGACCAGCAAGGGCCUGAAUGUGACCAUGGAUGUGCAGUCUCCAGCUUGCACCUCGUAUCAGAUGACUCCACAAGGGCACAGGGCUCCCCCCAAGAUCAACCCAGAUAACUACGGGAUGGACCUCAACAGCGAUGACUCCACUGAUGACGAGGCGCAUCCCCGGAAGCCCAUCCCCACUUGGGCCCGAGGCACCCAGCUCAGCCAGGCCAUCGUCCACCAGUACUACCACCCCCCAAACCUUCUGGAGCUCUUUGGAACCAUUCUCCCACUGGACUUGGAGGACAUCUUCAAAAAGAGCAAGCCCCGUUAUCACAAGCGCACCAGCUCUGCUGUCUGGAACUCACCUCCUCUGCAGGGCCCCAGGGCCCCUGGCAGCCUGACCUACAGCCUCAAGAAGCACUGAGGCAGGCUACGGCCUCCUUGGCAGUCUCUGCUCCUGUCGCUGUCCGUCUGUCUCUCUGUGUCGGUCUGGUGUCCGCCCGCCUGGUGUGCCAGGCUGAGGGCUUGGUGAGUUUUAUAUAAACGUCUUCCAUGUGCCAGAUGUUUCUGCUGUAGGUGGAAGGUGGCUCCAGGCUUGUUUGGAGGAUGGGUGUGGUGGGUGGUUGGGGAGGAACCAGGCUGAGCCCCAGCCUGCCCACAGGCAGCACUCUGUAAAUAGGUUGUAAUUCAGCUGAGUUUUUGUCUCUAGUGUCUUGAGAGCUAGAUUAAUAAAGUGUAUUCCUUCAA